AUGUCUGGACCACUUACACUGUUUAAGGAAAAACAUAUCCGUUAUAUUCAAUCAUUAGAUACUAGGAAGCAUAAUUUCGAAUAUUGGCUUACGGAGCAUCUUCGUCUGAAUGGGAUAUACUGGGGACUCACUGCCUUGUGUGUGCUUGAUUCGCCAGAGACUUUUGCGAAAGAAGAGGUUAUAGAAUUUGUGCUGAGUUGUUGGGACACCAAAUGUGGUGCGUUUGCACCAUUUCCAAGACAUGAUGCACAUUUAUUGACCACAUUGUCCGCCGUGCAGAUCUUGGCCACUUAUGAUGCCUUGGAUAUCCUUGGCGAAGACCGUAAAAUUCGCUUGAUUUCCUUUAUUCGUGGGAAUCAAUUGGAAGAUGGAUCGUUUCAGGGUGACAGGUUUGGGGAGGUAGAUACAAGGUUUGUUUAUACGGCGUUGAGUGCGCUAUCAAUAUUGGGUGAAUUAACACCUGAAGUCGUUGACCCUGCUGUAGAGUUUGUGCUCAAGUGUUAUAAUUUUGAUGGUGGGUUUGGGUUAUGUCCUAAUGCAGAAUCACAUGCAGCCCAAGCUUUCACGUGUCUUGGCGCUUUGGCAAUUGCUAACAAAUUGGAUGUGCUUAGUAAUGACCAAUUAGAAGAAAUUGGGUGGUGGCUUUGCGAACGGCAAUUACCAGAGGGUGGGUUGAACGGUAGGCCAAGUAAACUGCCUGAUGUUUGCUAUAGUUGGUGGGUUUUAUCUUCAUUAGCUAUUAUUGGUAGAUUGGAUUGGAUAAAUUAUGAGAAGUUGACUGAGUUUAUACUCGAAUGCCAAGAUGAGAAAAAGGGUGGAAUAAGCGAUAGGCCUGAGAAUGAAGUAGAUGUCUUCCAUACUGUUUUCGGUGUUGCUGGUUUAAGUUUAAUGGGGUACGACAAUCUAGUCCCAAUAGAUCCUAUAUAUUGUAUGCCGAAAUCCGUUACAGCCAAAUUCAAAAAGUAUCCAUACAAAUAG